GGGGAGGAAGCAGGAGGGAGGGGGAGGGAGCAGAACAGAGUGAGUAUGUUGUAGCUUUGAACAAUCACUUACACGUAGGAGGAUUACUAUGAGAGGAGGUGUGAUUAAGACUUUUCAGUAACACAAGAUUUUGGAAUGGGGAGGAAGCAGGGCACAAUUUUGUAUACAAUAUGAAUUGACACUGUUGUCACGACUCCUUUACAAAAGACAGACAUGGACUUUUGUGCAUUCCUAGCACAGUGAGUUCACCAAAGGCUAUGUGGUACAUCUUAGUGUAAAGCAUGCACACUGCGUUCAACCUCGUCACCAGCUACGUUGCACCAAGCCCCUAGCAGCAAGUCGUGUCACACAGAAGCCACUACCAUCACUGCUGCUCUUUGAACCACAGUCAGGUUUAUGAUACUGAUCUUGGAAGCAAGGGUUUGCAAGCAAGAGAGAAGCUAUGGGAGGGAAGAAGCACUUAUUGUCUUUUGUGGUGGUGCUGUGCAUAAGCUGUUGUACCAGCUUCUACCUCCCUGGUCUAGCACCUGUAAGUUUCUGCAGAGAAGGGAACAGCACAGACAACUGCAAGUCCAAAAUUGAAUUAUUUGUAAAUCGACUGGAUUCUGUAGAAUCUGUUCUUCCAUACGAAUAUGAUGCAUUUGAUUUUUGUAAGGAUGAGAAUGAAAGGCGACCCUCUGAAAAUCUUGGACAAGUUCUUUUUGGAGAAAGGAUUGAAUCAUCGCCAUACAAGUUUUUCUUUAAUAAGAACCAGACAUGCAAGAUGAUUUGUUCCAAGAUCUAUCAUCCCAUGGUUAAUAUGCACCUUCUGGAAUUCAUAAAGAAAGGAAUACAGCUAAACUAUCAACAUCACUGGAUUAUUGACAAUAUGCCAGUAACUUGGUGUUAUGAUGUGGGAGAAGGACAGAAAUACUGCAGUCCGGGAUUCCCUAUAGGUUGUGCUGUUUCUCCAGAUGGAAGAGUAAAAGAUGCCUGUGUAAUCAGUUCUGAAUUUAACAAAAAAGACACUUUCUACCUCUUCAAUCAUGUUGAUAUUGCCAUCACUUAUCAUAGUGGAAAUGGAGAAAACUGGGAUGGAGCACGUCUUGUUGCUGCAAGACUUACACCAAAAAGCUAUAAACACCCUAGUAAAGAUAAUUUAAACUGUGAGGCUCAUCCAAUGGAAAUCCCUCAAGAACUCACUAGUGAACUGGAAGUAAUCUAUUCAUAUUCAGUAACAUUUCUGGAAAAUACUACCAUUAAAUGGGCAUCACGUUGGGAUUAUAUUCUGGAAUCUAUGCCACACACAAACAUACAGUGGUUCAGUAUCAUGAAUUCCCUUGUAAUUGUUCUCUUUCUGUCUGGCAUGGUGGCUAUGAUUAUGCUAAGAACUCUGUACAAGGAUAUUGCCAGAUACAACCAAAUUGAAUCUUCUGAGGAUGCCCAGGAAGAAUUUGGUUGGAAACUGGUGCAUGGAGAUAUAUUUAGACCACCCAAAAAGGGAAUGUUACUGUCUGUUUUCCUUGGACAAGGGACCCAGAUUUUCAUUAUGAUGUUUAUUACAUUAUUUCUUGCCUGUCUAGGGUUUUUGUCACCUGCUAAUAGAGGCGCUCUAAUGACCUGUUCUGUUGUGUUAUGGGUUUUACUGGGAACUCCUGCUGGAUAUGUUUCUGCCAGGUUGUAUAAAACAUUUGGUGGGGAGAAAUGGAAAACAAAUGUGUUAAUGACAGCACUUCUAUGUCCUGGGAUUAUAUUUGCUGAUUUCUUUGUCAUGAAUAUCAUUUUGUGGGAGAAAGGCUCAUCAGCAGCAAUUCCUUUUGGCACAUUAGUUGCAAUCUUGGCUAUGUGGUUUGGUAUUUCUGUGCCUUUAACAUUUCUUGGGGCUUACUUCGGAUUUAAAGAAAGACCUACUGAACACCCAGUUCGUACAAAUCAAAUACCUCGGCAAAUUCCAGCGCAAUCGUUUUUUACUAAACCAUUACCUGGGAUCAUCAUGGGUGGAAUCCUUCCAUUUGGUUGCAUUUUUAUUCAGCUGUUUUUCAUUCUAAAUAGUAUUUGGUCUCAUCAAAUGUACUAUAUGUUUGGCUUUCUGUUUCUGGUAUUCAUAAUACUCCUGAUUACUUGCUCAGAGGCUACCAUCUUGCUGUGUUAUUUUCAUCUGUGUGCAGAGGAUUACCAUUGGUGGUGGAGAUCAUUUUUAACAAGUGGCUUUACUGCAGUUUAUCUUUUUAUAUAUGCAGUUCAUUAUUUUUUCUCCAAACUGCAAAUCACAGGAAUUGCCAGCACUAUUUUGUACUUUGGGUACACAUUGAUCAUGUUCUUAAUUUUUUUCCUAUUUACAGGAACCAUUGGAUUUUUUGCUUGCUACUGGUUUAUAAAAAAGAUCUACAGUGUGGUAAAAGUGGAUUAACGCAGCUUUCUAUGCAAAAGCAGCACCAUUAUGAUUCCCACACACUCCUUCAACAUUGUUUGAAGACAUGAGAAAAAAGCAGCUAUUGUUUCUAUGGCACAAGUGUUCAACUGAGACUAGCACUUCAGAUAAUUGUGUUUAUGAUAUAAUGUCAUAUUCUAAUGUUCCUGUGUUUACUAUCUAUCUUGAAAGACUUUUACAGUCUCACUGGUGACAUGUAGAAAGUUUCUAAAUGGAUUCAUGUAGCAUAGGUACAUUUCAGCUGUCUGCCUAUGACCAGUGGUGUCCUAAAUACUGAUGAAAUAAAGAAUUUAGCAGUAUUUUUUCAGGUAAUACCGAUAGUCAUCAAAAGCUACGGUACCUUUCAACUGCUAAAAUCCAUUGUAAGCCCUCAUACCAGUCAUUUGCAGAACAUAUUGUAGUCUCUGAAAAAGUUAAAAUAUUUUAUUUAAA